CCCUGCCGCCCUGCAGUGCAGUACAGUUAAAUUGUAUUGUACUUAAAUAGUUUUCGAUCUCUACGUACCUGCCGCACGGCGACCGACAAAUAUGGUUUCGUUUUACAUACUCGAUUAUACGGAUUGUGUUGAUAAAUGCCACAUUACUAAACGAGGCGUUCGAACGCGGCGCAACGCCGGUAGUUGUCCCCAACCAGAGCCCGCCUCUUGCAUCUCCACGGAACCGGUCACGCUCGUAGAUUUCCUCCUCAACAUGAAGUGUUUUCCACGCUUUCGACUCACCGUAGCUAACAGAUUGGUGGAUCAGCAGCCAAAGCUGAUCAAACUAGUGCCUCCCGGGAAAGAACACUUGGAUUAUUACUGGAGUUCACGGGCGGUAAGGAUGUUGUGGGAGUUGAACGAGCUGAACGAAAUGAUGGCCUGGUUGUCGACGUUGGGUGGAGCGUUUUCUGCACUCGGCGACUACCAGCUUGCCUGUGCCGAUGUUGCCGGCCAGAUAUCAAUGCAUCAAAUGAAGCUGGCGUUCCGAUUGGGCGAUCCCUCGCUGGUGGCACGCUGUCGACUUUACCUUGCCAUUUCACUCAUCCAGAAGUGUGAAUUCAGUGCCGCCAAGCACAUCGUGCAGACGGUGUACCGGUACGAGAAACGGCAAGCGGAACCCGAGAUCCGACUGCUCAAGAUGUGCCAGGGAAUCUGGGCGAAGCUACGAUACGAGUAUGAUCAGCACGAGCGGAAUCAGGCUCGUAAGAAAACGUAGCAUGGCGAUCGUGUGCUUUUGUGUGACCCUUCCAAAAUGGUGAUUCAACAAUAAAUUCGGCGGACGUCCAGAACG